GCAACGCCUCCCUCAGUGUGUGUGUGUGUGUGUAAACUCUCAAUCAGUCAGCUGAAAUCACCAGUGCAUCUGCCUUCGACUGCAGCUUAACUCAUAUUCAUCAGGUGUCUUCUCAGGAAGGUUUUUCACUUGAUUGCCACUAACAAUGUCUAAAGAGGGGGACAGACAGUCAGUUUUACGGACCACCAAGGUCCGCACCGCUCUGAAAGGAGACGCCAGCUGGAUUCAGAGACAACAGCAAGCUAAACUUGAGAGAGAGCAGGAGGAGGAGAAACCAUGGGUCGCUGAGGUGCGAGCAACCCGCUCAAAUGGUGUGUUUGAAGACACAAGUGCUGAUUCUUCCCCCACGGUUAAUGCGCCCCAGCCCAGAUCCGACACAGAGAAACCAAAACCACCUACAUCUGGAUACAUGAUCAGAGGCGUUUUCAUAAAAACCGAUUCCAAGCCAACAUCAACUCCAUCCACCAAUGGAUCUGCCGGAGUAAAUAGCUUCACCAAAAAGCCAUCUGAUACUUACAAGAAAAUAGCCCCUCACACGAUCCGGCCCAGCAAUGAAAAGACAGUGCUCUCUGAACCAGCUCUGGAUCCAGAAGAAAUGGAGAAGAGGACAGAGGCCGCCAUCGGUGUGCUGAAAAGUUCGGCAACAAAUCGCCGUUCGUACGUAAUGUCUGCUGCAAAGAAAUAUGGAUCUUCAGACAACCCAGACAACUCUGAUGAGACGAGCACAUCCUUUGUUGCCAAAAGGGUAGUUAUCGGUGGCGAUGAUGAUGACACUACAGCAUCUGUUCAGUCUGUGUCUAAGCAAAGUGUUAAAUCGAGUAUUGAACAACUCACUGCACCAGUGGUGAAGGAGGUCAAGCCAGCAGCACCUGAAACUAAAUCUGAACCUAAAACUACACCUGCCCCUAAACCAGCGCUUGAAACAAAAACAGUGACUGAAACUAAACCUACACCACAAGCUACAACAGUAACUGAACCGAAACCAGUUGCUGAAACUAAACCAGCAGCUGAAACUAAACCAGUUGCUGAAACUAAACCAGCAGCUGAAACUAAACCAGUUGCUGAAACUAAACCUACAACACAAACUAAGACAGUAACUGAGACUAAACCCACAACUGAACCUAAACUAGUGGCUGAAACUAAAACAGUUGCUGAAACUAAACCUACAACACAAACUAAGACAGUUGCUGAACCUAAACCAGCAGCUGAAACUAAACCAGUUGCUGAAACUAAACCUACAACACAAACUAAGACAGUAACUGAGACUAAACCCACAACUGAACCUAAACUAGUGGCUGAAACUAAAACAGUUGCUGAAACUAAACCUACAACACAAACUAAGACAGUUGCUGAACCUAAACCAGCAGCUGAAACUAAACCAGUUGCUGAAACUAAACCUACAACACAAACUAAGACAGUAACUGAGACUAAACCCACAACUGAACCUAAACUAGUGGCUGAAACUAAAACAGUUGCUGAAACUAAACCUACAACACAAACUAAGACAGUUGCUGAACCUAAACCAGCAGCUGAAACUAAACCAGUUGCUGAAACUAAACCUACAACACAAACUAAGACAGUAACUGAGACUAAACCCACAACUGAACCUAAACUAGUGGCUGAAACUAAAACAGUUGCUGAAACUAAACCUACAACACAAACUAAGACAGUUGCUGAACCUAAACCAGCAGCUGAAACUAAACCAGUUGCUGAAACUAAACCUACAACACAAACUAAGACAGUAACUGAGACUAAACCUACAACUGAACCUAAACUAGUGGCUGAAACUAAAACAGUUGCUGAAACUAAACCUACAGCACAAACUACAAAAGUAACUGAAACUAAACCCACAACUGAACCUAAACCAGUUGCUGAAACUAAACCAGUUGAAAUUAAACCUACAACAACAACUGAGGCUAAACUAGUGGCUGCAAUGAAACCUACAACACAAACUUCUACAUCAACUGAUCCUAAACCCACAUCAGAUCCUAAAGCAGUUGAAUCAAAACCGACCACAAAAAUUAUGACAGCAACUGAAUCUAAACCAGCACUUGAAACUAAACCAACAACUCAGGUUACAACAGCAACUGAACCCAAACCAGUGGCUGAAACUAAACCUACGACACAAACUAAAACAGCAACUGAUCCUAAACCAGUUCAAACUAAACCUACAACAACAACCGUACCUAAACCUCCAACUAUAACUAUAACAGAACCUGAACCAGUAGCUGAACCAAAACCAGCAGCUGAAACUAAACCAGCAGCUGAAACUAAACCAGCAGCCGAAACUAAACCAGCAGCUGAAACUAAACCAGCAGCUGAAACUAAACCAGCAGCUGAAACUAAACCAGCAGCUGAAACUAAACCUACAGCACAAACUAAGACAGUAACUGAGACUAAACCAGCAGCCGAAACUAAACCAGCAGCCGAAACUAAACCAGCAGCCGAAACUAAACCAGCAGCCGAAACUAAACCAGUAGCUGAAACUAAACCAGCAGCCGAAACUAAACCAGUAGCUGAAACUAAACCAGCAGCCGAAACUAAAUCUACAGCAGCUGAAACUAAACCAGCAGCCGAAACUAAACCAGCAGCUGAAACUAAACCAACAGCACAAACUAAGACAGCAACUGAUCCUAAACCCACAUCAGAACCUAAACCAGUGACGAAAACAAAACCAGCAGCUGAAUCCAAGCCGGAGCCGGUUCCAGAGAAAAGUGCUAAGAGCCUGAUUGAGCUGUCCGACACCCUGGUGUCCUUCAACACAAAGCCUGCCAGGUACAAGAUGAUCCCAUUAAUACAUAAUAGCCCCACCACAAGAGGACACAAGAGCUCUAUCAAAGACUUUAUUGUGAAUCUGACUGUAAUUACGAGAUCUUUACUGUAUUUCUUGUUCUUCAGUUCUGGCCAAGCAGAUCCAGGAGUAGAUCUGCUCAGUCAGGAUCUGCUCAUGGACAACAGUCCUCUUCCUCAGACGAAGAAGACACAGCACAGUCUGGAUCUGCUGGCGGACGAUCUUAUUCCCUUCAGCACUAAUACCACCAGAAGCAGCGCUGACUACAGUUAUAACCGGAAAACUCAGAUCGCGGAUUUCAUGAGCUCAGCCGAUGAGUUUGACCCAUUACCGGCGGAGGGUGAGCCCACAAAGAGUCCUCAAUGGUACCGUUCUCCUGUACUGGACCCGAGUUCCACAGAUACAGGCAAUGAUGUUCAGAAACCUGUAGACUUGGUUGCUAAUAUGCGAAACGAUGUUUUGGUUUCCUUGGCUGAAGAUGUCAUUCCAUUUGACACUAAAAGGAGCGACUGGAGGACGGACAUGGACAGUAACAAAACCAGCUCCAAAACAGUGGAGAGCUCGGUCCCGGAGAAGUUACCCGAACCCGAGUCCAGGAAGGGGUUUGUCUUUGUGAAGGAAUAUGUGAAUAAUGAACCUGAUUUCAGCAGCUCCUCCGACUACGUGUCUUCCACAUCCUCCAGCUACAACUACAGCAGUCCCAGCAGCCACUACUCCAGUAGAGAUGUGACUUCAUGUACAUACUGUGGAGAACUGGUGGGAAGCGAUGCCAAAAUCACCAUCGAACACCUGAACAUAUCCUGUCACCCGUCCUGCUUCAAGUGUGGUAUUUGCAGUAAACCAAUGGGAGAUCUGCUGUACAACAUGUUCCUCCACCGCGGGACGGUUCACUGCGAGAGCUGCUACUCCAAUGUGCUGUAGGAGAUCCACACACACACACACACA